AUGCCUGGAUGGUUCAAAAAGGUGUGGUACGGGCUGGCAUCCCUACUCAGCUUCUCCUCCUUCGUCCUGAUCAUCGUUGCCCUGGCAGUGCCCCACUGGCUCAGUGGGAAAAUCCUUUGUCAGACUGGAGUGGACCUGGUCAACGCCACCGAUCCAGAGCUGGUCAAAUUCAUUGGGGACAUUUACUACGGGCUCUUCCGAGGGUGUAAGGUGCGGCAGUGCGGGCUCGGGGGCCGCCAGUCCCAGUUCACAAUCUUCCCGCAGCUGGUGAAGGAGCUCAACACAGGCCUCCAUGUGCUGAUUCUGCUGUUGCUCUUCCUGGCCUUGGCCCUGGCGUUGGUCAGCAUGGGCUUUGCCAUUCUCAACAUGAUCCAGGUCCCCUACAAGGCAGUCAAUGGCCCUGGGGGCAUCUGCCUGUGGAACAUCCUUGCAGGUGGAGUCGUGGCGUUGGCCAUCGCUAGCUUCAUGGCCGCGGUGAAAUUUCACGACCUGACAGAACGAAUCGCCAACUUCCAGGAGAAGCUCUUUCGCUUUGUUGUGGUGGAAGAACAGUACGAAGAGUCGUUUUGGAUCUGCGUGGCCAGCGCCUCAGCCCACGCUGCCAACUUGGUUGUGGUGGCCAUCAGUCAAAUUCCCCUCCCAGAGGUUAAGACCAAAAUAGAAGAGGCCACAGUCACGGCCGAGGAUAUCUUGUAUUAG